GGGGCGGCGCGGGACCGGGACCGGGGCCGGGGCCGGGGCGGCGGAUGGAGGGCGCGGUGCGGCGGCGCUACGCGGCGGGCGCGGGCCCGCAGCCCCCGGGCAGCAGGCACGGGGCAGUCAAGAACGAAGAUGCCUCCAAGGCGUCGCCGUUUCACUUCGACCUGUGGUUCUACUUCACGCUGCAGAACUGGGUGCUGGACUUCGGCCGCCCCAUCGCGAUGAUUAUUCUGCCGUUAGAGUGGUUCCCAUUAAACAAGCCCAGCGCUGGAGAUUAUUUCCACAUGGCUUACAACGUCAUCACACCGUUCCUGCUCCUGAAGCUCAUCGAAAGAUCCCCCAAGACCUUACCGAGGUCCAUGGUGUACGUCAGCAUCAUCAUGUUCGUCAUGGGCGCCAGCAUCCACUUGGUCGGAGACUCCGUCAACCACCGCUUGAUUUUCAGCGGCUACCAGCACCAUCUCUCCGUCAGGGAGAAUCCCAUCAUCAAGAACCUGAAGCCAGAGACUCUGAUCGACUCUUUCGAGCUGCUGUAUUACUACGACGAGUAUCUGGGUCACUCGAUGUGGUACAUCCCUUUCUUCCUGAUCCUGUUCAUCUACUUCACCGGCUGCUUCACCCGCGUGCAGGAGGAGAGCAGGAUGCCCCUGGCCGCCCUGCUGCUCGUGGGGCCCAGCAGCCUCUACUACUGGUACCUGGUGACGGAAGGACAGAUUUUCAUCCUCUACAUCUUUACCUUCUUCGCCAUGAUGGCCCUCGUGAUGCACCAGAAGCGCAAGGGGCUCGUCCUGGACAGCAACGGCCUCUUCCUCUUCUACUCCUUCAUCGUCACCCUGGUCCUCAUCGCCGCCUGGGUGGGCUGGCUGUGGAACGACAGGAUCCUCAGGAAGAAGUAUCCCGGCGUCAUCUACAUCCCCGAGCCCUGGGCCUUCUACACCCUGCACGUGAGCAGUCUGCACGCGCCCAAGGAAGGGCCCUAGCGCCCCGCCGGCUUGGCCGUGGUUGGGGGGAAGGAGGGGGGGAAAGCCUAGUUUUCUAACAUCAUUGCAUUUCCAAUAAACUCCUGACACCAGCCGCCGGGAGGUGCGUGAUGUGUGAGCUGGGCCCGGGCACAGCCAGUUUCCCACCCCCUGACCCCAGUCACCCUGCAGCACAUGCUGCCUUUGCUCCCCUGCCUGGAGCCACGCUCCUCCCUGCAGCCACGAGGCCGGCGAGGGCCACCGCAGCUGGGGGUGGGCAUUUAGCAAGAUGCAGGUGCUGUGCAAAAGGGCCUGUCUCCCUGACUUUUGCCCCAGGCCAGAUUCCCCCUCCAGCUGCCUGAUCCCUCCACCCCAUCCUCUUCCCAGCUGGCGGCAGAGGGAGCAGGGAAGGCACGACUAGCGUCUCCCCCAAAGCAGGGCGGCAGCACUGUCCUGGUGGAGGUGAAUUUGGCCCAGGGCAGGAGAAAGGUCCUUUCCAAGCCCCCUCUGCUGUCUGCACCAGUCACCAAGUAGCCGCAGGCGUCCCACCAAACAAGCCCUGCCAUCGAGGGGCCAGGGAGUGUGCUCCAGGGUCCCAUUUAAUCCAACCACUGCCUGUCCAACCAACCCCAGACAUGUCCAUCAUCUCAACUCAUCGUCAAACUACCGCCAGCGCUGACACAACACAAUCGACGUGUCUGUGGGUAGGUCACGGGCCUUCCCCCAGGAUCUCUGCUACGUCCAGCCAGCUUUCUGCAGCUCCUUCAAAGCACAUCCUAACCCUCAAACACUCAGGUAGCAAAUACUGCAUGCAAAGCAUGGGCAGGACCUUUCUUCUUCCGGGAAAGCUCUGGCUAAAUCGAUGGUUGAUAUCUGCAAAGUGGUGUCAGAUCCCAGCACAACCCACACGUGGGAAAAAAGUAAGUGGCAGGAAGAAAAAAAAGGGGGUGGGGGUGUAACCUCGGGCCUGGCAGGCAGUAGGCGCAGAAGCAACGUGACCGUGAUGGAAGGGCCGUUGUUCUACAAAAUUUGGAGCCAAUCUAUUACAUGCCACAAUUACACCCCAGCCAGAGACCAAUUUGCAGCACAGCUGGAACCAGGCCCCGUCUUUGCAAUCAUGUAGAACGACGCUACAAUCAGCGCAGCAAACGCUUUGUUCCCAGGUCACCGACUUCAUUGUGAUCAUAGCGCUGACGAAGCCGCAUUUCCACCCAUCCAUUGUGCAACUGCCAGAUUUUUUUCUCCCAAAAGUAUCUGGAGCAUCGGCGGAUCUGUACAGACAGCCGAGACUGCCCCGCGCUUGUCUCGAGACUCCUCGAAUCGAAGCAAGGAGCAAACGGGCCCAGGGAGAAGUGGGGGCAUGCAUGCACUCAGGUGCAUCCUUGCAGGGUGCAGGUGCUUCCUCAGCCUGAUGAAAGGUAUUUAUACCCGAAAGCUUGCAAAGAAGGAAUUGUUCUAACUACUUGAGUUGGGCUAAUAAAAGAUACCAAGUUUACCCAAA